AUGUGCAAAAUCCAUGGCGGACAAGAUGUAGCAGCUGCUGGGCUGGACGUAACCCAUGGAAGAGAAAUCUUGCCUGGAAAUGUCAUUCCCAGACACUACGAUAUUACGUUGGAACCCGAUUUCAAGACCUUGACAUACAACGGAACGAUUCUGAUUGAUUUGGAUGUGGUUGAGGAUUCUACUUCGAUUUCGGUAAACACUUUGGAGCUUGAAAUCCACACUACGAAGAUCAGCUCGGGAACAGAAACCAUCAGCUCUAACCCAACAUUGGCAUUCGAUGAGGCGAAUCAAACAACCAAAAUCACCUUCGAGAAGAGUCUGUCCAAAGGAUCCAAAGCGCAGAUGUAUAUGAAGUUUACGGGGCAGCUUAAUGACAAGAUGGCUGGUUUCUACCGCUCUACAUACAAAAAUGCUGAUGGCAGCGAGAGCAUCCUGGCGACAACUCAGAUGGAAGCCACAGACGCCCGCCGAGCUUUCCCGUGUUUCGAUGAACCAGCGCUAAAGGCAGAGUUCACAAUCACUUUGAUCGCCGACAAACACCUUACCUGCCUGAGCAACAUGGAUGUAGCUUCUACCACUGGGGUUGUGUCUGAAAUGACCAACAGUCUGAAGAACUCUGUCAAAUUCAAUCGAUCACCUAAAAUGUCUACAUAUUUGGUUGCCUUCAUUGUUGGAGAGCUCAAUUAUAUCGAGACCAAAGAAUUCAGAGUCCCAGUCCGAGUUUAUGCACCACCAAAUCAAGACAUCGAGCACGGUCGAUUCUCGCUUGAGCUUGCUGCCAAGACCCUGGCCUUUUACGAGAAAACAUUCGACAGCGAAUUCCCUCUUCCAAAGAUGGAUAUGGUUGCCAUUCCAGAUUUCGCGGCCGGUGCUAUGGAGAACUGGGGUCUGAUUACCUACCGUGUUGUAGAUGUCCUUUUCGAUGAGAAGACGAGUGGCGCAUCUACAAAGGAGCGAGUUGCAGAGGUCGUACAGCAUGAGCUGGCUCAUCAAUGGUUUGGUAACUUGGUUACCAUGGACUUCUGGGAUGGAUUAUGGCUCAACGAGGGCUUCGCAACAUGGAUGUCCUGGUAUUCUUGCAAUAUCUUCUACCCAGAGUGGAAGGUGUGGCAGAGUUAUGUAACGGAUACUCUUCAAGGUGCUCUUUCUCUUGACUCUCUACGCAGCAGUCACCCAAUCGAGGUUCCUGUAAAGAGAGCAGAUGAGGUAAACCAGAUCUUCGAUGCCAUCUCAUACUCCAAGGGUUCUUGUGUGCUUCGUAUGAUUUCGAAACAUCUCGGCGAAGACGUCUUUAUGGAGGGCAUUCGCCGAUAUCUCAAGAAGCAUGCUUAUGGAAAUACUCAAACCGUCGAUUUGUGGGCUGCUCUUAGUGAUGCUAGUGGCAAGGAUCUGAAGGAGACCAUGGAUAUCUGGACGAAGCACAUUGGCUACCCAGUCCUUACCGUUACCGAAAAUGAGGGUGAUAACACCGUUCACGUCAAGCAAAACCGUUUCCUCCGAACGGCAGACGUCAAGCCGGAGGAAGAUAAGGUUAUUUACCCGGUCUUCUUGGGAAUGCGAACCAAAGACGGCAUCAACGAAGAUAUCGUCCUAGACAAGCGGGAAGAUUCUUUCCCAGUCAAGGAUUUGGAUUUCUUCAAGCUCAACGCUGAUCACAGCGGUAUAUACAGAACUUCAUACACCCCAGCACGUCUCGAGAAGCUCGGAAAAGCUGCGAAAGACGGACUGUUGAGUGUCGAAGAUAGAGCUGGAAUGAUUGCAGACGCAGGCGCUCUUGCAGCAUCUGGUUACCAGAAGACAUCUGGUGUUUUGAAUCUUUUGAAGGGAUUUGAUAGUGAGAAAGAGUUUGUCGUUUGGAACGAGAUUAUCUCUAGACUUGGGGCUGUUCAAGGUGCCUGGAUGUUUGAGGAUAAAAAGGUCAGAGAUGGAUUAGAGUCUUUCCAGCGGGAUCUCGUGAGCGAAAAGUCACACAAAGCUGGCUGGGAGUUCAAAGACACGGAUGAUCACAUCGAGCAACAAUUCAAGGGUAUGCUGUUCGGUAGUGCCGGUAUGUCUGGCGAUGAGACAUGUAAGAAGGCUGCCAAGGAGAUGUUUGCGAAGUUUGCGGCUGGUGAUAAGUCUGCAAUUCAUCCAAAUAUUAGAGGUAGUGUUUUCGGUAUGGCUUUGAAAUAUGGUGGCAAGGAGGAGUACGACACCAUUCUCGCCACCUACCGCGAGUCCAAGAACGCCGACGAGCGUAAUACUGCACUCCGUUCUCUCGGUCGCGCUAAAGAUCCCGAGCUGAUCAAGCGCACCAUUGCUCUCCCAUUCAGCGGUGAGGUCAAGGAACAAGAUGUCUACCUUCCAAUCAGCGCUCUUCGCACUCACCCAGAAGGUAUCGAAGCCCUGUUCUCUUGGAUGACUGAGAACUUCGAAGUUUUACAGCAGAAGUUCCCGGCCGGAUUGUCCAUGCUUGGCUCAAUUGUGUCGAUCUGUACCUCUAGCUUCACUUCCCAGAAAGAUCUGGACAGAGUUCAUAAGUUCUUUGAGGGUAAGAGUACAAAGGGUUUCGAUCAGAGUCUAGCUCAGAGCUCUGAUGCUAUUCGUGCGAAGGCGGCAUGGCUAGAGCGUGAUAGAAAGGAUGUGGCUGAUUGGGUGGCUAACUACCAGGGGAAGGGAGUUAAGAGUGAGCUGUAG